UCGUUUGUGACAGGUGUGUCGGGACACCUACCCAGUACCCUCGCCAGGAAGAACACAUCUGUAGGUACCCCCUAUUGGAUGGCCCCAGAGGUCAUAGCCUGUGAGAGACAGUUGGAAUAUAACUAUGACAUUCGCUGUGAUAUCUGGUCCCUUGGUAUUACUGCUAUAGAGCUGGCCGAUGGAGAACCCCCCUUGUCAGACCUACAUCCUAUGAGAGCUCUGUUUAAGAUACCAAGGAAUCCACAGCCUCAGCUGGUAAAUCCCGAUCAAUGGUCCGACGAUUUCAAAGACUUUAUCGCACAGUGUCUGAUCAAAGAUUUUGAAGCCCGUCCAUUUGCCCAGGAUCUUCUUCAGCAUCCAUUAAUUACAAAACUACCCAAAGAUAUUUCACAGUUUCAAAGAAGACUGAGGGAACUGACUUCUAAAAUGGAGACAACUAUACAUGAGCCUGAAAUAACAGCCAAAAAAGGAAAACUGAAAUCCAGACGCAAAUCUCGGAAAGGGAACAUAAAAACGAGUGAUGAUUUAGCUACUCUGGAGAAUCUGGAUGAGGAGACAAUUGUAUCCCAGCUGGAGUGUCGUUACAGUCAAGGUCAGAUCUACACAUACAUAGGGGACAUACUGCUGGCGGUCAACCCCUUCAGACCACUGACCAUUUAUACAGAAGAGUACUCCAAGAGGUACAUGAAUGCGGGCAAGGAAGACAACCCUCCCCAUAUUUUUGCAGUUGCUGAUCAGUCCUACCAGAGUUUGAUGCAUAAUAGGAAGAACCAGUGUAUUGUUAUCAGUGGGGAAUCAGGGGCUGGUAAAACUGAGAGUGCUAAUUUAUUGGUCCAGCAGCUGACACAGCUCGGCAAGGCAGCCAACAGAAACCUUGAGGACCGAAUCCUGCAGGUCAAUCCCCUGAUGGAAGCCUUUGGUAAUGCCAGAACUGUAAUCAAUGACAACUCCAGUCGAUUUGGGAAAUACCUAGAAAUGUUCUUCACUCGAAACGGGAUGGUUAUUGGGGCCAAAAUCACAGAAUACCUCUUAGAAAAGUCGAGAGUUAUUUCACAAGCAGUGAAGGAGCAGAAUUUCCAUGUGUUCUACUAUAUCUAUGAUGGACUGAGUUCCUCUGAGAGGGCAGAGUAUAACCUGAAAGAAAAUACAAGAUACAAAUAUAUUGAUGAAUACACCAGCCAGCCACCAGAUGUCUCCUCUAUCUCAGUAAACAGGGUCAAGUUCAAGGCCAUACAACAUUGCUUUGACAUCAUUGGAUUCAAACCAGAGGAGGUGAAGGCAGUGUACAGCGUUAUCUGUGCAAUAUUACAUACAGGUAACAUAGAGUUUGAGGAGAAGGAGAACACAGACCAUAAAGGAGACAGCUGUGUUAUCACCAAUAUGGAACUCGUCAAUACUAUCUCCCGAUUACUUGGAAUUCCUGCUGUAGACCUUGUGGAGUCCUUGACAACCACUGGCAUGGUGGCCAGGGGAGAGUUAAUUGUCAGGGAUAAUUCCGUUCCCGAGGCGAUCGAUGCUCGGGAUGCCAUGGCUAAGGCACUGUAUGGACGUCUCUUCAGCUGGAUUGUCAACAGAAUUAAUAGUCUUCUGAAACCAAGCACCAUGGGAAAAGAAGACAAUAACCUGAUAAUAGGACUUCUGGAUAUUUUCGGAUUUGAAAACUUUCCCAAGAACUCCUUUGAACAACUUCUGAUCAAUAUUGCUAAUGAACAAAUCCAAUAUUACUUUAAUCAGCAUAUCUUUGCAUGGGAAAUGCAAGAGUACAGAGCUGAGGGCUUGGAGGGGGUGGACAUUUCGUUUGUGGACAACAGACCACUACUGGACAUGUUCCUGAUGAAGCCGAUGGGGUUACUGGCCCUGCUGGAUGAGGAAAGUCACUUCCCCAAGGCCACAGACAUGUCACUUGUAGAAAAAUUUCACAAGAAUAUCCAGAACAAUAACUACAGCAGACCAAAGGGGAACAACCUCACCUUUUCCAUUGACCACUAUGCAGGCACAGUAGUGUAUGAUGCCCUGGGGUUUUUGGAGAAGAAUCGUGAUCGUCUCCCUGGUGAUGUCGUCAGCAUGUUACGAGCCUCAGGGAAUGUAGUGAUACGAUCUCUCUUCAGCACACCACUGACAAAGACAGGAAACCUAGCUGACGGCAGCAUCCGGUCUAGUCGCCAGACCCCCAGCAGUACGGCGGGAUCCCCAGGGAGUGCCGGCCCAAUCACCAUCAUGUCGUACAACUCUAAAUCCUCCAGCAUGGGAGGGAGCCGGAUCUAUGGUGCUCUUGGGUCGGGAUCCACAAGUAUGACCAAAAUUCAGCAGACUGUGGCGACGUACUUCCGAUACUCUCUGAUGGAUCUGUUGGCAAAGAUGGUGGCAGGAUCUCCCCAUUUUGUCAGAUGUAUUCGUCCUAAUGAACAGAAGCUUCCAGAUGACUUUGAGCCUGACAAGGUGACAAUACAGCUCCGUUAUACUGGUGUACUGGAGACCACUCGAAUCAGGAGGGAGGGAUACUCUCACAGAAUUCCUUUUGCUGAAUUCCUUAAAAGGUACUCCAUGCUGGCGUAUAGGUGGGAUGAGAGGGUGGAUUAUACCAGGGACUGCUGCUUCACUCUGCUGGACAGACUGAAUAUGUCACUGUAUCAGUUAGGAAAAACUAAGGUUUUCCUAAAGUAUUACCAUGUAGAACAAUUAGCUAGAAUGUAUGAGGAAAGGAACAAGAAAAUAACGUGUAUCCAAGCAGCAAUCCGCAGAUAUCUAGCUAUCAGUCAAUACCACAGACUUAAAUGGCAGAGAGAGAAGGCCGUGACCAAAAUUCAAGCAUGUAUAAGAAUGUAUUUAGCAAGAAGAGAGUAUAAAAAAUUGUAUAUUGCACAGAAAACAUCAGCUGUUCAACUACAGAAAGUGUUCAGGGGUUACCUAGCGAGAAAGAAGGUACAACCAAUGAUAGCCGAGAGGAAGAAGGCAGCUACUACAAUACAGGCCAGACUCAGGGGGUACUUUGUCAGACAGAAACAGAAAAAUGCCAAAAAGGAGCAGGAGAGUGCACUCAAAAUCCAGAGAGCCUUUCGCUCAAAGAAAGCUAAACAGGCCAGUCAGCAGCUACAAGUUCAGAAACAGAUGGACAAGGUGAGAGCAGUGGUGGUGAUACAGAGCUUCCUCAGAAUGUGGCAGACCAGGGCUAAAUACCAGAAACUGCUGGAAUUCAGGUCACAGAAAGAGAUUCAACUCAGCAUCUUCACACAACAGGUGGAAUUGUACAACAAAGAGAAGUAUGAUAUUAUGGUGAAAAACAACUCACCUGUACAUGUGUCAUCAGGACAACCUCCUAAAUCCCCUGUCAAAGCUGUUAAUGACACAGACAUUUAUGCUGUCCCCCACAAAAGGAGAGCCCCUCCCCCUCCAAAAUCUCCCCCUACACUAGAGAAACCCCCACCUGAUGUGGGGGAGGAGAGAUUGGACCACAUGAGGAAGAUAAGGGAACUGAAAACAGUGAUGCCAACACAAGAGACCAGCUACUAUGAUCAGAUUAAUGGAGUGUCAAGUCAUGUUGUAAAUGGAUAUCCUCAUGAGGAGGAACAGAAUGAAGCUCCUCCACAACAGAACAGAAGUCCUCACACAGAGGACAGAGUUGAGGAGCAAAGACAGGACAGAGCUGAGGACCAGAGACAAAACAGAGUUGAGGGCCAGAGACAAGAGGUCCCGGAGUCCUCAGUUGGGAAGGACAGCCCGGUACUGUUGGUGAAGGCAGAGGUCUACCCCCAGCCUCAGUUACCAGAGCAUCUCAGGAAACGAGGGGAGGAGAAAGAGAUUAUGAAGCCAGAAAACAUCAGCUACUAUGAUCAGUUUUCACAUUCCAUAAAGAGUUCUUAUGAGGUUCCAAAAGACCAGAUCAUCGACUGGGACAAACCGUUGGUUGAGGCCCAUGAUCAGAGUCUGAGGGGAAGCAAAAAGAACAAAGCAGGGACGGAGGAAUUUGAGAGAUCACGGGCCGCAAGGAGUAUUGCUGAGGCAAUUCUGGCUAAUGGUUCUAUUAAUGGCCUGAGACCAACACCUUCAGAGAUCAGCAAAGACCCCUCAUCUUACAAGGAGGAAUUUUACAAAGAAAGCAACAAACAGGAGAUGGCCAAGACUCUAGAGAGACAAGUCAGCAAUAGUUCAGCUGGUCACUGGAACCACCGACAGAGACAGGAGGGAGAGGAACCAAGGGAGGGUUUACCCAGACCCCCCACCCCUCCCCCACCUCCCCCUCCCCCACCCGCAAUGAAGCGGGAUCCACCUACUUUCUUCAUUCCUCCUCCCCCUUCAGAACCUCCCCCUCCCAUCCCUACCAGUGUUACUCCUCCAUUUUCCAUUGGAAUUCCUGUGAGAAAUGGAAAUCCCUCUGUCAGCAAUGGUGUAUCCAAUGGUAUUCCCAAUGGUGUACCAUCUCCCUCUGCACUUGCUAAAGUCAAGUUCCAGUUGAAGCCGUCUGUAAUUCCACCCUCCAAGAUGAAUGGAACGGGAGAUAUUGCCCAGGAGUUAAGUAAUGGUAUAGACUUCAGAGGUCGAUUAAAAAAGACAAACUUUGACUUAGAGCAGGGAAUCAGACGAAAAGAUCCCAACUCUGUUACACAAAUAGACUUCCGUCAUUUACUACGGAAAACAGGGAAGAUUAAAUUCGAGGAGGAGGAAGAGGAGUAGAGAUGACCUACAUAUCUUUAUAAUUAGGUUACCGUGACCCAUUUAGGGUAGAAGAGGAAUAGAGAUAACCUAGCUGUCUUUAUAAUUACAUUAUAUGGGUCACUGUAGAAGAGGAGAGUGGCAGAAAUGUGGUCACAUAGGAUUAGUGCUGUUGAAAAUGAACAUAUUGUGAUAUAUUAAUGUUUACACAAACAUCCGACUGUGAUAAUAUCUGCAGAAAGUUCUUAUCAAGGUAGCAAAGACAUGACAGAAAACAAAUUUCUGCCUUGCAAAAAAUGUUAAACUGCAAACAGAUUGUUAGCAAAGUAUCACCAUUUAUUGGGUUUUCCUUUGUUUAUUUUUAUCAUAAUUAGUGUAGGGGGAUCAUGAACAUGGAUGAUUUCAUCUAUAUUGAAGUAACUGAUGCAUACUCUGUCAUGUAAUAUGAAACAUUUGUAUAUCUUUCUGUUUUUAUUCCUCAUGCUCAUUGGUCUUCCUUUAAUGUCAGGCUAUACUUUGGAUUGUGUUUCUGUCUAUGUCCAUGUUGGAUUCCUGUCAAUGUCUGUCUGUUUGUUGGAAGACUUUCCUAUUUUAUUUAUACACUAAAAUCAAGCUCACUAUCUUAUGUGCAAUCAUGACACAAUUUUUAUGUUAAAACAUUGGUGAUUUAUCCACCAUUAAACUCAUUCCUUCUGUUUCAUGUUAUUUACCAUAAUUGUUCACCCUAUACAUUUUACAAAACACUGUAUGUAUAUUACAUGUAUUUAUUCUAAAGCUU